AUGGCGACCGACGAGGAUACCGACCAUCGAGCCGGUGACACCAAACCCGACUCCGAAACCACCAACACUGGCCAACUAGCCAGCCCUCCAAACCUCCAGGAUAUCGAUGACGACAACGUCGAUUCCAAAGAUGACAAGGUCGAUAUCACGAACGGCCUCCGCGAUGGUGCAGAUGUGGGUGCACCAGAAACGCAAGGGUCUGACCUACGAAAGUUGACCCAAGUCAUAAUUACGAACGUGCCUCAACUGAAGCACAACUCGAAAAACCCCGAAAGAUGGGUCCUUCGAGUGAAACUUGCACUGGCACAACUCCGACUGCAACACUUGAUCAACAGCAGUGUGCCCCGGCCAGCCAGAGGCCAACACAACUUCAACAGAUGGGUACAAUGGUCUCGUACUGUGGCCAGAUGGCUAUAUCUCCAGGUUGAUGGGACCAUCCAGGAGAAACUCCAGCGUCUCCGCAAGGUACCUAGCACAGCGGAUGCUUUAUUCGACAACAUCAUGAAGAUGGUUCGAGAAAGCGACAAGGCUGUGAAUGCCCGACCCGGAACCCACAAUUACGACAGCCGAAAGAAAUCGGAUGUUGAGACUGUGAGAAAGUACAUCGCGACACACCAACCCAGUACCACUUGCUCGGUUUGA